AUGUCGACUGGGCUUCAGUUCAACAACACUGCCCAAUUCCAACAUAAUAUGCAAAUUUCUCAACUCAAUAAUGCUCAACUAGCCUCUACAGCUCUAAAUUUGGGAGAUAGCUCAUUGAAUAAUAACUUGAAUCAAGGUGCCAAUUCAGUAUACCAGCUACAAACCGGCAAUACAAACUUGGCUAGCAACUUUAAUCUAAAUCAGCAAGGCAAUACACAAUCUUUGCAGCAACUACAGCAACAUAAUUUACAGAAACAACUCGUUAGCAACCAAAAUAGUCUUCAGCUUCAAAUAAUGCCUAGUCAAGUCCAUGAUACUAUAGGAACAUUGCACAGUAACGGACUUAUUGGUGCAAUUCAUAAUGGUACCAUUAGUGCGAUCAAUAAUGGUUCAGUUGGUACUCCAAUUUUGCUUAACAAUAACAACUUUAAGCCACUAGACCAUGCGAACAUAAACAACAAUAUUAUAAAUGUUCACCAAGUUCAAGGCUUUAAAUCAAAUCAGAUUCAGCUUCAGAAUCCUUUGAAUAAUUCGCUACAAAUUCAGAAUUCUCUAAUGAAUCAACAGCAACUUCAACAACUUCAGCAACAGCAAAAAUUAAACUGUUCUUCAAAGCAACAGAUGUUUUUUAAUCAACAAGGAAGUCUUCAAAACCAAAGUAAUCAAUUCUGUGUUCAACAAUCUCAAGUAGUACUUCAACAAGCUUCUCUUCAGUCUCAAGUCACGCCGAUAAACAUUAACGUUGGCUCAACUGCCAACAACAACAUGUUGCUUAACAACAUCAACUUAUCCACUAACAACAUGUCAUGCCAGUCAAACAACCUCGUUCUCAACAACGAAGCUAUUACCAAUGCCACAAGCUAUACUAACAAUGUCGACCAAAGCCAAGUCAGCCUCAAAAACGGACUGAUAACAACUCAACCCGGCCAAAUCAUGACCCAAAACAAAGAGCUAAUAACAAACCUUGGUGUACCAAUAGUUAAGAAGGGCCAGAUUGUAGGAUUCGCACUAGACCCAACUGGCAAACUACGCCAAAACAAAACCAAUAUGAUAAAUGCUAUCAGAGUAAACGGGCAGCCUUGUAUGAUUGGUCCAAACAACCAAGUUGUUCCUUUAAUACCUACACAUCAAAAAGUCAACUUGCAACCAAACAAUGUCGCUUGUAGCAGUAUGAACAGCAGCUUGGGUUUAUCAUUAAGUAGUAGAAACGAUAAUAUUUUGAUUACUACUGAUGAAGGUACUGCAACGUCAAAUUUUGCUGAUGAACUUCAUAAUAGUAACAGUGAAGCCAAUAAUGAACUUCAAACAUCGGUAGAAGAGGAUAGUAACGAAGAUUCUAGUAAGUAAAUUUUACUUUGCCCUACCCUACCCUAUCCUAUAAAAAUUUUUAUGAAAACUUUAACUGUAAACGUUUUACAAUUAUAGGCAUGAUCAGUAACCAACCAUCUUCAAAUCAACUUUCAUUUAUCAUGCCAAGUCAAAACGUUCCAUCUGAAGAAGCAGCAGCACUGAACACAUCUUCCAAUCUUAAUACUUCUAUUAAUGGUUCUAGCCCUGAAGACAAUGAAAUACAAUGCAGUCCGUCUUUCAGUGGUACACUUAGUUUGCCUCCCGUACCGUCUUCUUUUGAAUCAACUUCACAAGCUGAUUCAGGAUCAAAGGGAGUACCUGCUUCAGAAUCAUCUUUGCAAUCUGCUUCAGACCCAAGUACACUACCUGCUACAGUAUCCACUACUUUGUCUGCUCUAGAAGCGUAUUCACAACUUGCUUCAGAAUCAACCUUUCAAUCUUGUGCAACUGGUCACAGUUCAACUUCAGAAUCUUCACCAACAGCUGACCUGCCUCAUUCAUUACCUACAUCAAGUCCAACUACAAACUUAAGCCCAGAAUGCCCUAUACUAACAGUUACAGCUCCUACUAAUGCCCUAGAAAGCUUUUCAAAAUUAUUGGACUUAAAAGCACCAUUAGCAGAUGGCGAGAACAACAACACUGAUGACUGUGCAGCCAAGGUUCAAGAAGAGCUAAGCCUAUUGAACUGUGACAACUUCAAUAUUGAUUGGAAGAACCCAAAAGAUCUCAUUCGUGUCAUCCAGUGCCUAUGUAACUAUAUUCACAGUCAAAAUUGUACCAUAGACGAGUUAAAAAAGGAUUGUCAUAUUGAUAAGUGUGAGCAGAAUAAUUAA